AUGUUUGAAAACUCAUCAACACUUACAGAAACCUCAUCGUCUUCCAACCACAAUUCUUCAAACGUCGUUCAAAUCGUAUCCAAACCAAUGUCAGAUCGACUGCUAAAUAAGUUUGUGGAUACGUCGGAAUUCGAUUUUGAUUACGAACAGAGUGGAUUGUGGUCUCCGCCGAUCCCUCCUCCUAAAUUCUACUUAAACUCGCCGGCCGGAAUUAUCUGCUCCGUCGACGAGAUGCUGAAGAACUUACAGAGCAUGCGUCAGACUAAAAUCUCCAGAUUUAAGAAGUUUGUCUACUGUUGUUUAGAUUUCUGA